AAAACAACCAUCUAAACAUAACAGAUGACAUCAGCUUGGGCUUUUUCAAUUCCUGGAUGGCAGCAGCGUGUUAAUCCAGCCUUCAUCCUGGAUUUCAUAAACUAAAACAAGAGAGGCUGGCAGGAGGACAGCGCUGCUGCUGGGUUGAGGAAAUUGAUGACGGGGAAGCACACGGGCAACCCAGUGUAUAAAGCUGAUAAACGUGUAGGCAGAGAGGCUCAGCUACCACUUUGGACGGCUGCUUCCCACAGCAAAGACCACAACGCAGGGAGCUGAGCCCAAGCCAGCAGGGAAGCAUGAGGAGCCUCUUGCUGCUGACCACACUCCUUGUACCUGCACAUCUGACAGUGGCUUGGAGCACUAAGUAUGCAGUGGAUUGCCCAGAACAUUGUGACAAUAGCGAGUGCAGAAGCAGCCAACGCUGCAAAAGGACAGUGCUGGAUGACUGUGGCUGCUGCCAAGUGUGUGCUGCAGGGCUGGGAGAAACUUGCUACCGCACAGUCUCAGGCAUGGAUGGCAUGAAAUGUGGCCCAGGGCUGAGGUGUCAAUUUUACAGUGAGGAAGAUGAUUUUGGUGACGAGUUUGGUAUCUGCAAAGACUGCCCCUACGGUACCUUCGGGAUCGAAUGCAAAGAGACUUGCAACUGCCAGUCAGGCAUAUGUGACAGGGUGACAGGCAAAUGUCUGAUAUUUCCCUUCUUCCAGUAUUCAGCAGCGACAUCUUCUACCAGGAGGUCUAUCUCUCACACAGAUCAUGACAUGGCAUCUGGAGAUGGAAAUUCCAUGACAGAAGACAUCAUGAAAAAGAAUGCUGCUCAGUCUCCUGUAAUGAAAUGGUUGAAUCCACGCUGAUUCUGGGCAGGAUUUCCAAGGGAAGGUUCUGUCUUAGUGGUUGUCCAAUACCCAUUUUAAGAACUAUCUAGAUUAUAACAUAUGGAUGUGUAAUUUUUGGAGAUCAAGUAUGUCUUGGAUGGAUCCAGUCACAAGAAGUAGACUAAUUAAAAUCCAUAAAAUGCAUAUGGCCCAUUUGGCAGGGGUGAGGAUGAGGCAUUAUAAUACUUGGAUCUUCUCUGUGGUAACUUCGAUAGAAUUUAAUUAUUAUUAUUUACUUUGGGAAAAGUAAAAACCCAAACCAGAACCGCACUGCGGUAGUGGGAUGUUUUAAGCCUGUGGGAUUUGAGCAACAACAUUGAACUGAGGUCAGUUUCAAAGGGCUGCUAAUGUAGUUCUCAGGUCCCCUGGAUCUGAAGGAUGGACCUAAGGCAGAGGGCAAACAUACACUUCCAUAAGUGGUUUGAAGAAUAUCAUCUCUGAGAUAGAGCUAGGAAGUUCUCUGCCUAUUGGGAUGGGGAGGGAUAGAGGUAAAUAUUUAUAUAUUUUUAUUAAAAAAUGUGCUUGUACAAGUGAUCUUCCAUACCCAUGUUUAUCACUCUCUUGAGGAAAUGAACUUAUCUCUUAAAUGAUUAGAAAGGAUUAACUCUAUAAGAUUUUAAAAUAAUGUAUUAUAUUAUAAUAAUAUUAAUAGUAAUAAGCAUAAGAGAAACCUAAAAAUUUUAGUAAUGGAAUUUAUAAAAUGUCAAAAGAUGAACAAUGUAGGGAAUUUACUUAAAAGAAAAUGCCGUGACUUAGGUACAAUUUAAAUUUAAAGUAAAGAAUAAUCUUUUAAGAGGUUUGGAAAAUAGUUUCCAACAAGAAACAUGCCAACUUUAAAAUGUGGUUUAUUUUCAUACUUUUUGUCUUUCAAACUUGAUUGAUAAGUGGAAUCAGGAGUAUGUUUGGGAAUGUUUUAGCCCAAAUGGAACUAGUGUACUACAUGCCGUUAGGAAAUACUUGCAGAAAUAUUUUAUGUGGAGUCAAGAAUUUAUUUAAGAAUUAUUUCAGUAUUUACCUAUAUUUUAUUCUUGAAGUUUGCCAACAGAAAUGUGAAUGUGUGUGGGGGAGGAUCUUUGAAUGUAAGCAGAAUAAACUGUUCGGUUUUGUUUUAACAGGGCAAACAUGACUGUUCAAUAAAAAAUAAGACCCA